AUGUCAAAUUCGCAGCCUCUGGCGCGCUCAGCAGCAGCCGCCGCCGCCUCCGCCGCCAUCGCAAAGCAGGCUGGGCCAUCAUCGUCAUCGUUGUCGUUCUCCUCCACCACAUCGCUCUCCUCCUCUUUGUUCGUCAAAACCAUCCCCGCCAAAAUGUCUGACUCCUCCGAGCAAAAGUCGUUCACCCUGCAGACCGCCUCGUUCGACGCGCGUUUCCCCAACCAGAACCAGACCAAGCACUGCUGGCAAAACUACGUCGACUACUACCGAUGCGUCAACGCAAAGGGUGAGGACUUUGUCCCCUGCAAGCAGUUCUUCCGCGCCUACAACUCGUUGUGCCCGAACGAGUGGGGCGUCGACCUCAUUCAAGCCCCGCGCGUGGGUUGCACACAGCUCGAGGAGGCUACAUCGACGAUUCGACUCGGCUCUUCUGGCCGUUGCGACACUUUCGAGAUCGCCAGGUGGGACGAGCAGCGCGAGAACAACAACUUCGCCGCCUCGCUCGAGCCCUAA